AUGGCCAAGUGCUAUAUUUUAGCUUCAAUGUCAAACGUUUUACAACAUCAGCAUCAGUCUUUUGUCACUGCUCGUGACAUUUUGUUGAACCUUAAGGAAAUGUUUGGGGAACAAAGUAGAGCGGCACGACAAGUCGUAAUGAAACAGAUUAUGAAUGCUCGUAUGGCCGAAGGAACUCCAGUUAGCAAACACCUUUUAAAACUGAAUUCUUAUUUCAAUAAACUGGAGGUUCUUAGGGCAGACAUAGAUGGUGAGAUCCAGGUUAAUAUAAUUCUGCAAUCAUUGCCAGAGUCAUUCAAUCAGUUCGAACUAAAUUAUUCUAUGAAUAGUAUGGCUUAUGCUUUAUCAGAACUGAUGAAUGCUCUGCAAGCUGCAGAAGGAAUUUUUAAGGGUCAAGGGAGUUUUCAUAUAGUGGAAAAGGGUUUUUCUUCUCAUAGAAAGCUGAAAGGCAAGAACCAUAAUAAGAAGCAAGAUUCCACUGUCCCUAAAAAGGUUGGUACUAGUGUUGGAAUUGUCAAGGCUAAGGAUACCUGGUUUGUAGAUUCUGGAGCCACUAACUAUGUUUGCAAUUUGUUACAGGGUUCCAGAAAACCAGAAGAUUGA